AUGUGUUGGGGCGAACAGAUCAUCUCCCGUUGCCCGCAUUGUCAGGUUCUCACCACUCUCACUCCUACCUGGCUUGGUUGUCCCUUUGACCAGCCUCUCGGCUCAUGUGAUGAUGCUUUCGUCACUACUCAUCAUACAAUCAGGCCUCAUUAUGGUUGCAUCAUCACCUCAAGCUCGAACAACGUCCCUCGUCUGAGAAUUAUCACUGAGCUCGCUGAGCCUUGGGAUGCUGGCUCGCCUCACUGGUCUCCGGUCUCUCCAACGGACAACACCAACGCUACAACUCAAUUCCCCCAGACCGAAUCAAUGCCUGCCUACGCCCUUCCUCUUCCUCAAGGCUGGACUGCCGAUCAUCGCCAACAGGGCCACCAGUCAGAAUGCAUGACUAUGGUUACUCAAUACCGCCGCGAACUCGUCAGAGUCUUUCAAGACCUCGUCCAACCUGUCCAACAGCUCCGCAACUCCGCCUCUUUCACCAACCCUCGCCUGAACCGCACUGUCAUGUGGUGUGAGGACUACAUGGCUACCCUCCUCGACACAGCUGCCAUCCACAUUUGGCUUGUUCAACAAGCCGAAGACCAAAUCAACAAUGGCACGGUCUUCACGGACGCCGCGAAGGCCGACCUUCUCAUGUACAGCAAUGACAUCAGGAAUGCUCAGUAUCCCUUCGAGGUCCCUCUUGUCUGGCACCGCCGCUUCACCGACCUCUUCAUUCAUCUUCGUCGUGUGAUCGGUGAGCUCACACCUCAACCUGCUCAGAACACUGCUUUUCUACCUACUCAUCGUAGACGUGGUGCUAUUUCUGAGGGUGAUGUGAACAAGGCAGUGACAGUCGUCAUGCAUGAGCGCAAAGGUGAUUCUAACAGUGGCUUACGCAAAACUUCUUAUGGUAACUCUUCCCGGUCAACUCUACUCGGUGUACCUUUCGCUUCUACACACGCUCUUCUGAUUCCUGAUCUUAUCUCUUUUUGA